AUGGCACCGCCAUCGGCAGGGAAGCAAGGUUCGGAUGUUGCGAGGCAAGGGGACAAGCCGCACACCAUCUUGGAAACGAUCGAGUUGAGUGAUGAGAGCGAUGAUGAGUUCAAUUACGAGGAACUCCCUGAGGAUCCCGAACUUCUUGAGCAGGACGACGAGGAACAACUCGAUGACAUCAAUCGUUUGUUGGCAGAGACCAAACAGCCAGCCGAUGGCCAGGAUGCAGCCGAAGAAGCUGGACUGGCCAAGGUGCAGCAACGCCCUCAAGUCAUUGACGAUUUCUUCCGCAACUUCUUGCUGAAGUACGAGAUGAAGCGCUCCCUGGAGGUCUUCCAAGCCGAGUGGUACGAGAUGCAGCAGACGGGGAAGUUUAAGGAUUCGGAGCUGACCAUUGUUCCCGAUGUCUACACGCGCAACCACGGUUUCCAACAGGAGGUUUUGCUACUUCGCGAAGAGCUGGAAAAGGCCCGCAUGGUGGCUGCGAAGGCCAAGGAAUCCUGGGACAAGUUUCGUAAAGAGCGAGAUUACCAUCGCAUGCAUCAUCGACGGGUCGUACAGGAGAAGAACAAGCUCAUAGUUGAUCUCAAGCGUCUGAAGAAGCACUACGAACAGUACGAGCCUACGCUGACGGAGUUACGGCACAAGUACGAAGUCGCAAUGAAGGAGAAGAUGCUGAUGCGCCUGGAGCGCGACCGCUACGCAGCUAAGGCCGAGUCUUUGCAGAAGCAGCUCUCACAGGCCGAAGCCAAAGACGAGACUGCCAAUAGCAAGGAUCUCACUGAAGGUGACGAUGCGCACAAUAGGAAGAAAACACUACGAGAAGCACCUUGGCCGAGCGAAGACAGGACCAACCCCUACACCAAUUCAAACUUCGAGGCGGUGCGGGUGGCCGAGUUCGCAAGGACGCAGGUCUUCAAAGGUCACUUGGGAGCGGUGUCACGCGUUGCAUUCCAUCCGAAGAUCCCGGUGGUAGCAACCGCGUGUGAUGAUCAUACGUGGAAAAUGUGGUCUGUGCCAGAAGGUCAACUUGUCCUGAGUGGUGAGGGGCACAGGGAUUGGGUCAGUGGCAUCUCCUUCCAUCCACGUGGCUCCCUGGUCGCGACAUCUUCUGGAGACUCCACCAUCAAGAUCUGGGAUGUUGCGAAAGAGAAGUGCAAGCACACUUUGACUGAUCAUACCCAGCCUGUUUGGGCUUGCUCCUUUCACGACAUGGGGGACUUUGUAGUCUCCUGCUCUAUGGACCAGACGGUGAAGGCAUUCGACAUGAUGAGCAUGCGGUGCCGGCAAACGUUCCGUGGUCAUGUAGACUCUGUCAACUUCGUGACUUUCCAGCCUUUUUCCAACAAUGUGCUUACAGCAGCCGGUGACAAGACCAUUUCACUGUGGGAUCUCCGCAGCGGCCUUUGUGUGCAGACGUUCUACGGUCACGCAAAUGCUUGCAAUCAUGCCAUGUUCAACCUCAAGGGUGACACAGUGGCCUCAUGUGACGCAGACGGAAUUGUGAAGAUGUGGGACGUGAGGGUGGUGUCCGAAUUCCUUCAGAUUGAUACCGGACGCCACCCUGCCAACGCUGCGAAUUUCGAUCGAAGUGGAAAGAUCUUGGCCAUUGCGCCGCAGCCUUGGCUCCUCUGUGUAAAGAGGGCCUUGCGUCAGCGUUGCAAGUUUCAUUCCAAUGCCGGUGACUGGAGGUCCGGCGAUGCCUCCAUCAAGACUUUCAAUAUAGAGGAUAAAGUCUUCGUGGCGAACUUGGAGGGGCAUGAAGAUUCCGUCCAGGACGUGGUGUUUGAGCCGCAAGCAAACAAGUUCCUCAUCAGCGCAUCCUCCGAUGCCACAUUUUCUUUGUGGCAAUGA